AUGGAGGCACAAGAGGAAGGGAUUAUCAAGAUUGCUGAGACGCCCUUCGAAGAGAAGACUGCAGCAGAGAAGAAGCUGGUGCGAAAGAUCGACUUGUACCUGAUGCCGACCAUCUGGAUCUUGUACUGCUUCUCAUACAUGGACCGCACUGCUAUUGGAAAUGCAAAAGUCGCUGGCAUGGACGUAGAUCUUGGCCUCACGUCUAAUGACUACUUCCUCGCUAUUGUCAUAUUCCAAGUCGGCUAUGUAUUCUUCGAGGUCCCGUCCAACAUGGUUCUUUCUCGUGUACGUCCGUCAAUUUGGAUCCCCACCUUGAUGGUCUUUUGGGGUACUGUAUCCGCAUUGAUGGCUCUGGUUAAGACACCCGCUCAGCUCAUCGGAGUUCGAUUCCUGCUUGGUGUGACAGAAGCGGGUUUCUCGCCAGCUGUUCUCUUCAUAAUCUCGACGUGGUACAGACGACAUGAGCAAUCGAAGCGCUUCAUGUGUUUUUUGUCUGCUGGUAUUCUAUCAGGCGCCUUCGGCGGAGUUAUCGCCGGUGCCAUUGUCGAUAGUCUCGAAGGUGUUCAUGGCAUUGCUGGAUGGCAAUGGCUCUUCAUCGUUCAGGGCGUCGCAACCGUUGCCUGCGCGAUCCCCGCUCCCUUCGUACUUCUCGACUACCCGUCAAAUGCUCGUCAGCUCAACACACAGGAGCGUGAGAUAGCCAUGGCCCGCCUACACGCCGACUUCGGCAGCCACGACAAGGAGAAGCACAUUUCUCAUGCCAAAGCCUUCAUGAAUGCAGUCAAGAACUGGCGUCUCUGGCUUCUAUGUGCUGGCUACAUGACCAUCAUUGGCUGCUACAGCUUGAGCUAUUUCAACCCCACUCUUGUUCGCGGCCUUGGCUAUACUGGAUCGAUGGCACAGUAUAUGACUGUCCCUCUUUACGUGGCAGCCUUCAUCAUCGCUGUUCCCGUUGCCAUCCUGGCUGACAAGAUCAGCGCAUUUCGCCCCAUACUCUGCGCCGCAGCUCUCGUUACUGGCGCCCUCUUCUGCGCGCUUUCAGCUGGUAUCUACGCUUAUAUCCCACGCUAUGUCUUCCUUGUUUUUAUCAACAGCAUGAUAUGGACUGCCAAUCCUCUUGCGCUGUCAUACGCCUCGGUAUCUAUGGGCCCACUCGAUCCCGAGACUCGAGCCAUCUCGCUGGCUUUCGUCAAUGCGUUCGGUAACCUGGCGCAGAUAUAUGGUGCAUACUUGUUCCCUACUGAGGAUGCCCCGAAGUACAUCAAAGGGUUUGGAGCUUAUGCUGGGCUGUUGUCGCUUGGCGCAGUUAUUUACGUUGCGGCAUUCUUCUGGUUCAGGAAGAGCCCUUUCACGUCAAAGACUAUGGUAAGAUAG